GGGGCGGAAGAAGGGGACUGCUUGGGGCCACUGGGAAGCCAGGGAUAUUCCUAAGGCUAUUUGGCUGGGAUACUCCUGAGCCCAGGCGAGGAGGCUGGGGGAGGAGGCGCGGUGGGAGGAGGAGUAGGAGAAGACAAAAGCCGUAGGCGUGGAGGGCCCGGCCGCACACUCGGGCAACCGGCACCGGGAGGCCGCGGUACACCAGGAUCCCCGUCAGCAGGCAGCAUGGGGAAGGGGGGAAACCAGGGCGAAGGGGCUGCCGAGCGCGAAGCGCCGAUGCCCACCUUCAGCUGGGAGGAGAUUCAGAAGCACAACCUGCGCACCGACCAGUGGCUCGUCAUCGAUCGCAAGGUCUACAACAUCACCAAAUGGUCCAAUCGGCACCCGGGGGGCCGCCGGGUCAUCGGGCACUACGCAGGGGAAGAUGCUACGGAUGCCUUCCGCGCCUUCCACCUCGACCAGGAUUAUGUGCGCAAGUUCCUGAAGCCCCUGCUGAUCGGCGAGCUGGCCCCAGAGGAGCCCAGCCAGGACCGAGGCAAGAACUCCCAGAUCAUCGAGGACUUCCGGGCCCUCAGGAAGACGGCUGAAGACAUGAACCUGUUCAAGAGUAACCACCUGUUCUUCCUCCUUAACCUCGCCCACAUCUUCGUCAUGGAGACCAUCGCAUGGUUCAUUGUGUUUUACUUUGGCAAUGGCUGGAUUCCGACCAUCAUCACGGCCUUUGUUCUUGCUACCUCUCAGGCCCAAGCUGGAUGGUUACAACAUGAUUACGGCCACCUCUCUGUCUACAAGAAGUCCACGUGGAACCACCUCGUCCACAAGUUCGUCAUUGGCCACUUAAAGGGUGCCUCCGCCAACUGGUGGAACCAUCGCCACUUCCAGCACCACGCCAAGCCCAACAUCUUCCAGAAGGAUCCUGAUGUGAACAUGCUGCACGUGUUUGUCCUGGGCAAAUGGCAGCCUAUUGAGUACGGCAAGAAGAAACUGAAAUACCUGCCCUACAACCACCAGCACGAGUACUUCUUCCUGAUCGGGCCGCCGCUGCUCAUCCCCAUGUACUUCCAGUACCAGAUCAUCAUGACCAUGAUCGUUCGCAAAGACUGGGUGGACUUGGCCUGGGCCAUCAGCUACUAUGCCCGUUUCUUCAUCACCUACAUCCCUUUCUAUGGUGUACUCGGAGCCGUCCUUCUCCUCAACGUUAUCAGGUUCCUGGAGAGCCACUGGUUUGUGUGGGUCACGCAGAUGAAUCACAUCGUCAUGGAGAUUGACCGAGAGCCCUACCGCGACUGGUUCAGUAGCCAGCUGGCAGCCACCUGCAAUGUGGAACAAUCCUUCUUUAAUGACUGGUUCAGCGGUCACCUCAACUUCCAGAUUGAGCACCACCUCUUCCCUACCAUGCCCCGGCACAACUACCACAAGGUCGCCCCACUGGUAAAGUCUCUGUGUGCCAAGCAUGGCAUCCAGUACCAGGAGAAGCCGUUGCUGAGGGCCUUGCAGGACAUCGUCAGGUCCUUGAAGAAGUCUGGGGAGCUAUGGCUGGACGCCUACCUCCACAAAUGAAGCUGCAGCCCUCGGGCGCCCACGGGGAAGGGGGAGCCGGUGGGGGUGAUGGCCAAAGGGAGGGAUGGGUUUUCGUUCUAAGGGGUGUCCAUGAGGCUGGGCUAUGUGCUGGCUCACAGGCCCCAUCUUUGAUCUUUCUCCUGUUUUCCUCCGUUUUCCCUUCACUUCGCCCUCCAACACCGUCCCUCCUGAGGCCUGCCCUCUGUCAGUUCCUUCCCCCAGGAGCACGGAGAGAUGGCUCCAUCCCUGCCCAAAACACCUGCUAGACCGAAGGUCCACAGACAUGCCUAGACCCCCCUUGCAGCCUGGCCCCCAGGCCUCACACUCCUCCCUGUUAUUUCCCCUCAGAUGCUCUUGGGUUUCGUGGGACUGGGUCCUAGCUGGGCAAAUGACUCCCUGGCCCUGGCUCUACCCUCCCUGAUGGUGCCCAUGGUCUGUCCUCUUGUAGGGAGGUGCUUUUUGUACCUGGUUCCCUUCCCUCCGCUGGGAUCGGUACUUAGGGCCUCCCUGCAGGUGCCAUUUUUUCUAAAACUGUCCAGGCCCCGGCCCUGAUUCCAGGCUCUCUCUGCUUGUAAUGCAGCUGGCUCAGACCUCAGGGCCCAGGGGAAGGUCCUCCUCGCCCCACUGGAGGCCUCUGACCCAGGGCUUGUGCAGUUCCAUCCCACCACCUUCCACCCUAUCCCACCUCUGGAGCCUGUUAACUUAGGUCCAAGGGGACAGUCCCACAGGUGGGUGCCACAGAGGCAAGGGUCAGGUUGGGGGGCCAGCCGGCCUGGAGGCUCAGCCCCACUUCCUACCCCCUUUCAGAUGUUUGUCCUAGUUGGGAAGCCUAAGAUUCUAGAGCAAUCAGACCCUUCUCCAAAAUGCCCUGUUACCUGCCAGGCAGCCAUGUUGGGGCUGCCAGUGUGGACAGGCCCUCUCGCUGUCUUCCGCGCUUGUGUCGUUCACUGGUUUUAUAAACUUUUGCUACAGGAUACCUUCUGAUGAUGGGGCUGGGCCUUUGACAAUCUCUCUUUGACCACCUGCCUCUCCUGGCCUCCCCCAGGCCCCACGGCCGGCUGAGCCAGGCUCGCUCACUGAGGCUAAUGUGGCCCUGACUGUCACUGGAGGGCAGUGGGGACAGAGAGGGAGGGAACCCCAGAGGCGGUGACUCUGAGGAGCUGGUGGAUGGGCGGGGACCUAACGAGUUCCAAGUGGGAAGUGUGACUAGGAAUUGGGGCUGGAGGCCAGGAGCUGAGGGCACAGGAAAGUGAGAAGGACAGGAGGGGAGUCCGCUGCCCUGGGAAGGAUCUAGAGCUACUGCGUUUGGAAGCCUAACCCACUAACCAAUAUUUAGCUUCCAGGGAGGGUGGGGCAGGAACAGGCUCCGAGUGGGAGCCUUUGGGAGAGGGCUUCUCGUCCCCCAGCUCUGGCCAGCCAGGAGGGACCAGCACCGAGUGUGACACACCUUUGAGGCUCUGCUGCUGUCCCUCCCAUGGCGGAUAGAUCCACAGGGAACUGAUCUUAAUUUUUAUCAUGUUGCUUCCCCAGACCUACAUUUCUUGGAAAUAAAAGAAGUGAUUUUAUUCUGA